UUAUCCAUUUAGCUGUUUUAGCAUAAAAAAACAAAAAACAAAACACAAUUUAUAAAUCAAUUAAUUUAUAUGGAUUUAUUGUUAUAGGCUGAUAGCAAGAAUCAACGUUGAAUCGAAUUCGAAAUGUGACAGCCCAAAAGUAUAAACCCUGGCAAGAAACCAACUAACCGUGAAAAACCCUUGGAAUGCGCACUAACAUUCUCAGGCUUCCAGUUUCAUUCACAGAGGUGUAGCAUAGCUAUCUGCAAGGAGCAACACAACGCACAAUCGCGAUUGUGCUAAUGGAUGAUUCGCUGCAAUCUGUGAUCCCGAUGUUCCUCUACUCGUCUUCGUCUUCUUCGAAGAAUCUCAUCGAAUUUGAGCAUUUGAUUGCCAAACGACGGAAUUCGUCUUCGUUAUUAUCGCCUCCGAGUGAGUUAGGUAUGGAGAUGUUUUCGCCUGCUUAUUACGCAGCGUGUAGCAUAGGCGGCAUUUUUAGCUGUGGACUUACUCACAUGGCGGUUACUCCGCUCGAUCUCAUCAAAUGCAAUAUGCAGAUUAACCCUGCAAAAUUCAAGAGCAUAUCUUCUGGUUUUGGAACAUUACUGAAGGAGCAAGGAAUCAAAGGAUUUUUUACAGGCUGGGUGCCAACAUUGCUAGGUUACAGUGUGCAAGGUGCUUGCAAAUUUGGGUUUUAUGAGUUCUUCAAGAAAGCCUACUCAGACAUUUCUGGUCCAGAAAAUGCAGCCAAGUAUAAAACUUUGAUCUACCUCGCUGGUUCUGCUUCUGCAGAACUUAUUGCCGAUAUUGCCCUUUGCCCUUUUGAAGCAGUUAAGGUUCGUGUCCAAACAAAUCCAGGAUUUGCCAAGGGUUUCUCAGAUGGCUUCCCAAAGUUCAUCAAUGCUGAAGGCACUGCAGGGUUGUACAAGGGGUUGGUACCUCUUUGGGGGAGACAAAUUCCAUAUACAAUGAUGAAGUUUGCAUCAUUUGAGACAAUUGUAGAGAUGAUAUACAAGCAUGCAAUUCCCAUACCCAAAGAUCAAUGUAGCAAAAGUUUGCAGCUUGGAGUGAGCUUUGUUGGUGGUUAUGUUGCUGGUGUAUUUUGUGCCAUUAUUUCUCACCCUGCUGAUAAUUUGGUUUCUUUCCUUAAUAACUCACAAGGAGCUACUGUUGGCAAUGCUGUAAAGGAGAUAGGGUUGUUUGGUCUUUUCACACGUGGUCUUCCUCUUCGUAUUCUAAUGAUUGGAACUCUUACUGGAGCACAAUGGGGCAUCUAUGAUGCUUUCAAAGUUCUUGUUGGCCUGCCUACUACAGGUGGUGCUCCUCCUAUACGAAAGAAAACCACCAGACAAACUGACAAAAUUGAGUGAUUCUGUAUUUUCAACGAAUUUUGAUGGAUAAAUAGCAUUAGUAGUCAUUUAGGGAUUUUUUUUUCCUUCCAAUUCAAGGUUUUUGCUCAAACCUUUUUGUACAGGGUGUAUUCUGAUUCUCCCUUCAUCUUGGCCAUCAUCUAAUGAGGUGUCCAACUAAUCGGGUAAACCAAUUUUUCUGAGG